AUGAACGAUGCUGUGGUGUGUGGCGCAAUUGCGGCUCUGCCACAAUGUGGCGUGUGUUUUGAGGACUACCACCACGAGGAUGCCCAGUGGCACAGGCAGCCCCAGGUGCUGCGAUGCGGUGAGUGAGAAACACACCCACCCAGGCAGACAGACAGAGGGAGGGAGGGAAUCACCGGCAUGACUCGUGAUCGGUUUGGUGUGUGUGUCCUGCGGCCACUCCGUCAGGUCACUCCUUCUGCGCGGCGGUACCGACAGACAGACAGACAGACAGACAGACAGACAGCACUCAUUCCUGGAAUGAGGGGCUCACGUGUGGCACCUUGCUGUCCGUCUCUGUGUGUGUGUCUGCAGUGUGUCCGGGGCCUCCUUGACAAGAGCCGUCGUCGGAUAGCCGUCUGCCCGACAUGCAGGUACGCAGACCAAGCCACACUAAUAUCGGUGGUUUUGUGCCCACGUGUCUGUGGCCGUUUCUGUCGAUCAGGCGCGAGACCUCUCAGUCGGAUGUGCACGUCAACUACGACCUCCGUGACAUCGUGCAGCAGCUGCGGACGGCCACUGCGGCAGCACCGGCGCCAGCAUGCGGCAACACGAUACCCACACCCUCGGCGCCACCUGCUGUCCCUCCGAGUGGCCAACACGUACCCCUCACGGCUCGCCAGCGGCAGGAGGCGGACGACUAUGCCUUGGCGGUCCGGCUAUCGAACGACAUCAAUGCCAUAGAGCCGCCGAGGCAAAUGUGAGCAGCACCUCUCCGUCACUCACCUCAAGCAGGAUAGUCAUUGGCUUUGUGUCUGUCUGGGUGUGUUUGCCAUCGGCAGUCUCGCCAAUGGCGGCGCCGCCCCUUUGCGCCUUCGGACUGGCACAUCGCCAUCUGGUGUGCAAUAUGAGGUGGUGCAGGAGGGCACCGGCAGGACGCCCACACGCCUCGACACCGUCUGGGUCGACGAGAUCGGGUGGUUUGACGGAUUCGACGGCCGGGACAAAGCAUUCGAUAGACGUGGGAAGGUCCGUCGUCUGUCUGGUCUGUAUGGGUGGAAGCGCGAGGCAUUGCUGUCGAUGAGGGAGGGGGAGAUGAGACAAAUCAAAGUGCCAGACGGAGUCCGCUAUGUUCAGCUGCGGUUAAUCAGCAUAGAGUAGGAAAGAGUGCACACUCACACACACACACGUCAUUGCCUUUAUGUGUGCGUGUGUGUGCCAUCGGCAGUCUCACCAAUGGCGGUGGCGCCCUCCCUCCGUCGCAACCGCAUUGGCCAACUCCUUUGCGCCGCUGGACUGGCACAUUGCCGUCUGGCGUGCAAUAUGAGGUCGUCGCGCUCGGCACCGGCAGGACGCCCACACGCACCGACACCGUCAAGGUCGACUGGAUUCAGUGGUUUGAUGGAUUCGAUGGCCGGGACAAAGCAUUCGAUGGGCGUGGGCUGGUGUAUCGCGUGUCUCAUCGGGAUGGGUGGGAGCGUGAGGCGUUGCUGUCGAUGAUGGAGGGGGAGGUGAGGCACAUCACAGACGGAGUCCGCUACGUUAAGCUGCGGUUGAUCAGCAUAGAGUAAGAGAGAGUCCACACACAUACACACACAUGGUUGUUAGUGUCACCCAUUCAUCUGUGGUCCGGGGCUCUUCCCUUUGUGCCCGUCUGACAGGAGCAAGGCUGCGCCGGUGAGGACAUCUGCCGGCGGACCCCAGCCGAGCGGCACGCAGCAACAGCAGCCGGCCGCCAACACCACUGCAGCACAGCGGGCCAGGUGGGUGCAGCGGAGAAGGGACCAAAUGGUUAUUGGCUUUGUGUGUGUGUGUGUGUGCGCAAUCGGCAGUCUCGCCAAUGGCGGUGGCGGCCUCCCUCCGUCGCCACCGCAUUGGCCAACUCCUUCGCGCCUUCGGACUGGCACAUUGCCAUCUGGUGAGCAAUAUGAGGUGGUGGAGGAGGGCACCGGCAGAGUGCCCAAAGCCAACGACACCGUCAAGUACGACUGGAUUUGGUGGCGUCACGCAUUCGAGGGCCUGGACAAAGCCGACCAUUGCCGUGGGGCGGUGCGUCGUGUGUCUGAUCUGUAUGGGUGGGAGCGUGGGGCGAUGCUGUCGAUGCGUGAAGGGGAGACGAGGCAGAUCAUACUGCCAGACGGAGUCAGUCAUGUUCAGCUGCGGUUGAUCAGCAUAGAGUAAGAGAGUCCACACACGCACACACACAUGGUUGUUAGUGUCACCCAUUGAUGUGUGUGCCCCGGGGCUCUUCCCUCUGUGCCCGUCUGACAGGAGCAGCGCUACGCCAGUGAGGACAUCUGCCAGCAGACCGCAGCCGAGUGGCACGCAACAGCAGCAGCAAGCUACCAGCAACAACACAGGACUGCGGGCCAGGUACAGAGGAGAAGGGACAGAAUACACCUCACCGUCUGCCAUGUUUGCUCCCUUCAUUUGCAGUGACAGCGAUGGCUUCACUGUGACCCCGUUGGGUGCUCGGCAUCGCAUUGUCACGCCCGGCAUCGGCAGAACGCCCGCACCCUGCGACCGCGUCACGGUCGACCUCAUUGGCUGGGGGGAUGGAUUUGGUGGCCAGCGCAAAGCCUACGAUUUCCAUGGGCUGGUGGCUCGUGUGUCUGAUCGGCUUGAGUGGGAGCGUGAGGCAUUGCUGUCGAUGCGAGAAGGGGAGACGAGGCAGAUCGUACUGCCACCCGGAUCUGUCCGCUACGUUCAGCUGCGUUUGAUUAGCAUAGUGCAGAAGAGAGUGCACACCCACACGUGGGGGCGGCUAUGUCUGCCACCCAUUCGUGUGUGUGCCCGGGGGCUCUUCACUCGUUGACUGUCUGACUGUGUGCCGCGGCUCUGAGUGGCGAUGGAGUGAGUGUAUCGUCAUAGCUGUCUAUAAGAUCUGUCUGCAAUGAGUUUAGAAGUGAAUGAGUCGACGGGCUGUAAUUAUCGGUCGGCCACUCACAGCCUCUCUCGCUCUGUGUGUGUAUGCGUGUGCGUGCGUGUAUAUCUGUGUUGUGUGUGUGUGUGCUGUGUGCGUGGACAAUGCCAUAGGGGUCACUCUCAUUCGGCAUGCAGUGUUGCUGCUCGUGUCUGCUUUCGUUUCCUGCCGUCUGUUCGACAAUCGUGGCACACGGCGGGGGACAUAGAGGGGGAUUGAUAGAGACAUCAUGUGACACAUCUGUAUGUCUGUGAGUCUGUUGAUGUCGAUCUAUCUGAUGUCGAUAGGAUUGUGGGUGUCGAUAGAGCUCUGUGGUAUGUGGCUUGGGUGAUUGUGGGGAUGUGAGACAUGUGGGGUUCAAUCAAUCAAUGUGCGACUGGGAGUCUGCCCUUUGAACUGUCG